AUGGACCCAAGUAUUCUCUCUAGCUUACAAAACCUGCAACUCACAAAAGAAGAAGAAGAAGCUAUUCCUAUCACAGUCACAAACUGCUCCGGCCUCUUGGAAGAAUGCUCCCUAAAUCUUUUUGAGCGGCUUGUCUCUGAUCGGCAACAGAACCAACGUGUUCUGAAGAACACCCUUAGAUCAGCAUGGAAAAUGGGUUCAAACAUGAGAAUUGUGAAAGUUGGAAAUAAUAUACUCCAAUUCAAGUUUAGCUCAAAAUAUCAAAUGGAGUGGGUUGAGAGGUGUGGGCCUUGGAGCUUUGAUAACAACCUCCUCUUGCUUUGUAGAUGGAAAAAAGGGUUGACUUCUACAAAUAUUUCUUUCACCCAUUCUCCCUUUUGGGUCCAAAUUUGGGGUCUUCCUUUUGAGCAUAUGUCACAGGAUGUUGGGGAAGAAAUUGGUAACAAGUUAGGUAAAUUCAUUGAAGUCAAUAGGCGUUCGUGGCAAUCUGAUCAGGCAAAAUUUAGGAGAGUCCGUGUGGAGUUGGAGAUUGAUAAGCCACUAAGAAGAGGAGCUUAUAUUGCAAGCUCUAAAGGUGAACGACUAUGGCUUACGUUCAAAUAUGAAAGGCUACCUACUGUUUGCUUCAUUUGUGGGAAGCUUGGGCAUGAUAAAAAACAUUGCCCAACAUCUGGGGUCUGGCAAACUGCUUGCCAUCAAUAUGGAGACUGGUUAAGGGCGGGGUGGACUGCAAAAGUGGCAGCCAAAGAAAGGAACUCGAGCAAGGACACGAUCCAAGUGAGCUCCAAUGAGUUAGAAGUGCAGCAAAUGACCCAGCCGGUGACUGGUUUUGCUUCGACAUGGCUUAAGGCUUCAGGUCUUGUGGGCGAGAAACAAAACUUGGAGAAAGGUGAUGCCUGGGGAAGCGAUAACACCACAUGUGCGGAUGGACAACUUACUGGUGACGUACAAGACUUCAGUAGACCUACAGAGCAGAUGAUGAGUGCAGCGGCAGGACAGGACUUGAGUGUUUUGGGUUCCUGUGAGAAGUCACGUGAUCAUUUAAGGCAGGAUUCUUCAAUUGAGCAUAGAGGCUCUUUCUCCCAUGGGCCAAAAAGCCUUGCUUCACAAAGCCCAAAAGGCUCUAUUUCUCAAGGGAGCCCAAGUACUAAAGCCCCUUUAGAUAAAAAUGAGAAAGACAACCCAGAGAAGAAGAAUCCGGCCAAUGAUGUCCAAGUUGGUGUAAUUUUUCAGGCCAAAGCUCAUGGAAAAGGAAAACAGAUUUUGGGUAAAGGCAAUCUAAAAAAAGUUGCCCGUGCGAAUGGAAAAGUUAGUGAUGAUCAAACUCUUGCCCAGAUGUUGAAGAUUGGAGCAAAGCGCUUGAGAGCGAAUGAAGGUUCAGAGGAAGAGAACAACCGGGUUCCUAAGCGCUUUUGUGAACCGUGGAUUAUGCGUGAUUGGAGCGAUGAAAGUUGCGUCAAGUUUUUUAAAAAUUGCCGAAAAGCAAUAUCGGAAGAGAUUGGAAAAGUUAUUAUUGUAGAUGUUGUGCUAGAACUAGAGAAUAAUGGUCUAUUUGAUGACACAGGAUUAGUAUUUGAUUUGGUUAUGAUUGCACACACCUCAAGUGGCAAGGAAAGGGCUGAACUCGAGUGA